AUGAUGAAGAAUGUGUCAAUGUUGUCUGGCCAACCUAGUUCAGGAGAUGCUAAAAAUAAUGGCAAUGGCUACGAUAUUGUAUUUCCAGCUCUGCCAGUUCCGAAGACAUCGAAUGCAAUUGGGACUGUACCAUUUAAAAAACGGAAUAAUGUUAAGUCUUCAACGGUGAACGAAAUUAAAACUACUACUACACCGUUUCCAAAAGAACAUCGAAGUACGUUAUUGGGCAAACAAGGACUUAAUCUUAAGAAUAUUGAAAAACGCACAGGAGCACGAGUUCAAAUACCGUGUAUGAAAAAUUCGGCUGACAUAAUUUAUAUAACUGGAACAAAGGAUUCCACGAAAAAAGUAGUUCAAGAAUUGGAGGAAAUUAUAAUUAAGUUGAAAAGUAAAAUUGAAAAAGAAAUAACAAUUGAUCAACGUCACCACGGAGCGAUAAUUGGAUUCAAUGGUGAAAAAGUUCGAGAACUUCAGAAAAUAUUUAAUGUUAAAAUUAUAUUCCCCAGUCCAAGGUUGAACGAUGAUGUAAAUAAAGCAUUUAAAUCAUUAGCUGAAUUGGCCGAGGUAUUGGAUGAAAUCAACUAUGUGUUGGAAAUUCCUAUUUUUAAACAAUUUCACAAACUUGGUGCUGGAAAGAAAGCAAUAUUUAUUAAAAAGAGAAGAGACUGA